AUGAAUAUUCUCAAAAAGGAUGACGGGAUGGAUGAAUGGGGGAAUGUAGAAGGAGGAUGCAAGCCACCUAAGAGUGCCAGCCAGACCAUCUCUGUUUUCCUCUUGUGCAUGCGGCGUGUCGGAUGGAUGGGUGUUGGUGUGGUGUGGAUGGGGGGUGUGGUGGGUGUGGUGGGUGUGGUGGGUGUGGUGGCUAGCCUCACACCCCAGCGUUCCCGAUCUCCUCCCCACUCCGUUCUCUUCCACGAAGUCAGGACAGGUCUACGCCCUGUGGAGGAUGGAUCCGCCUUUAUAGGUGGUGAACUAAGAUUCUGACGAUAUAUUUGAAUAUUAAUAAAAUUUUUUUUUUAAACCAUUUUUGUCUGCCC